UGGGCGCUGGGAUGGGACCACGUGACCUGGCUGUCAAACAUGGCCCCUUCCUGCGAGCUGCUAUAGGAGCGACAGCUGACAAAGCGAAGGGAGCUGCACAGAAAGGACGGCACCUCUUCCCGUCAUAUCGCACGCUCGUCCAGAUUUAGCCGCAUGUGAUGUGAAUGCAAAACACACCUGCCACGUGAUGAAGACUGACCUGAAAAGGAAGUGACAAGGUUACCCUGAACCGCUUCAGAUUAUCCGUUCACAUCGGGUUCCCCACUCGCUGGAAGCAUGCAGGUAAACCCGGCUCUCCUGGAGUCCGCCGUCGUCCUGGCUGUGGUCCUCUGUGUCCACAUGGCGAUCUGGAACCAGCACUCCUGGUGCGGCGUGGCUCUCUUCAUCCAGGCGUUCUACGUCCAACACAAAUGGGACCGCCUGUUAAAGUCGGGAGCUGCCGUGUUCCAGUUUCGCCCGUCGGCCAACAGCGGCAUCGUCCCGGCCUCCAUGGUGAUGCCCCUGUUGGGCCUGGUGCUGAGGGAGAAGUGCUCCGCCUCGGGGAACGUCUACUUCGAGCGCUUCUCCAUGGUGGUCACCAUCACGGGCAUGAUGCUGGCGCUCUUCCUCUCCCUGAUCGCCCUGGGCAUCACGAGACCCGUCCCGACCAACACCUGCGUGGUCGCCGGCCUGGCCGGCGGCGCCAUCCUCUACACCACCAAGCAGACGCUGACCGUGUCGGAGGUGAUCGAGGUGCUGGAGGUGUUGCUGAUCUUCGUCUAUCUCUGCUUGAUCGUGCUCUACCUGCUGCCCCGCUGCUUCACGCCCGGGGAGGCCCUCCUCAUCGUCGGCGGCAUCAGCUUCAUCGUGAACCAGCUGAUCAAGCGCUCGCUGAACCUGGCCGAGGUCAAGGGCGACCCGGUCAACUACUUCCUGCCGGUGGUGGUGGUGGGCUCGCUGCUGCUGGGCGUCUUCUUCGCCCUGCUCUUCUGCUUCAUGGAGUCCGAGACGUGGGUGUCCUCCCUGUUCUUUCACAUGAUGACGGCCGUCCUGGUGCUGGGCAUCCUGAUGCCGUGGCUGUCCCUCUUCAUCGGCCGGCACCCCAUCAUGUGGCUCCUGGACUUCCUCACCCUGAGCGACAGGAGACUCUGCCUGCUGGGCUACUGGCUGUUCCUGGCCGCCGUGGCCACGUGCGUCGUGCUGCACCAGAACUACCAGCGCCAGUCGGGCUCCAAGAAGCACCAGGCCUCCACGGUGGUCAGGAAGUACUUCCACCUGAUCGUGGUGGCCACCUACGUCCCGGGGCUGAUUUACGACAGACAGCUGCUCCACGUGGCGUCUGUGGGAUGCUUGGCGGCCUUCCUGCUCCUGGAGUACAUCCGCUACUUCCGGAUCCUGCCGUUCGGCCAGCUGCUCAGGCGGCUCCUCACCUUGUUCCUGGACGAGCGAGACUCCGGCCCCCUCAUCCUCACCCACGUCUACCUGCUGCUGGGCAUGUCUCUGCCCAUCUGGCUGUUCCCCGGACCCUGCGCCCCCAAGGGGGUCCUGAGCGGAGCGGGGGGGCUGGUGCCGUAUGCGGGCGUGCUGGCCGUGGGAGUCGGGGACACGGUGGCGUCGGUCUUUGGCAGCACCAUGGGGGAGAUCCGGUGGCCCGGCACCAAGAAGACCCUGGAGGGGACGGCGACGUCCGUGUUCGCCCAGAUCAUCGCCGUGGCGCUGUUCCUCAUCUUCGACGGCAGCAUCAACCUGAACUCCACCUACUCGUGGAUCGUGGGCUCGAUCACCCUGGUGGCGCUGCUGGAAGCCUACACCUCGCAAAUAGACAACCUGCUGCUCCCGCUCUACCUCCUCAUCCUGCUGCUGCUUUGAAUGAACAAGUUAGCCCCCCCCUCCCCACCCCCCAUCUGUCUGGACUCGCGGAACACCAAACGGUGAACAAAAUGUCUUAAACAGGAAGUAACAGGGGGGAUUGAGUGGAAAGGGGGACAAAAAGAUGGAGCGGCUCGACACAACAAUGAAAACAAUCUGCUACAAACUUGAAUUGGACAGAAUAUGAUGAUGAUGAUGAUGAUGAUGAUGAUGCGUCCAUAAAGUCUGUCACUGUACACCUCAAACCUGAAAGAGGGAGGUUGCAAUCAGAGGGUCUAGUGCAAGUUAUAAAAGCAACACGAGCUCAGUGGUGGCGUACGUUUCCGUCCUGAUUCUGAGGGACUCGGCCGCUAUAAAUUAUGCAAAUGGAGAUUGAGUUUAGCGCAGCGGGAAUGCAUUACUUUAGUCACACAUGGAACUCAGUGUUUCUUGAUUUUGAUCAUUUAUUUUUUUAGUUUUCUUGCAACCAAUAGAUGUCUGUGCAUUGCCUUGGAAGAACGUUAUUUAAUGUUUUCUCUUUUUCAUCAAUCUUCUCGUUCUUUGAUUGUCACUCUUGACCCCCCCCCCUCCCCCCUCCCCCCAUGAAAAUAUGAAAGACUCUGCGCUAAAAAUAUGCCUUAAGAAGUAUUUUUUUUUUCUCUCUUACAGCUGAUUGAUUUAUUGUAGAAGUUGUAGAUAAAAGCAUGGCAGUCCAAAUCAACUGUUUUUCUAUAAGGGCUGUCACUCCUUAUGGUUCUGCAUGACACUAAUGUGAACUCCUGUACUGUAACAUGUAUUUAUAUGCAGGUCUCUUGAGGUAUAUUUCGCUCUAAAUAUUUGCUUUGCUCAGUAUUUUUGUGGUUUAAUUGGACCAAUGCAGGUAAACCUGUAUGUACAUCUCCUUGUAAAACUGAGUUAUUAUUAUUAUUAUUAUUAUUAUUAUUAUUAUUAUUAUUAUUAUUAUUAUUACUACUAUGUAUGUUUUGGAACAAGCUAAUGAACAGAAGCCCUGAUAUUUUAUUUAAAAUAAUUUAAAAGUGCUUUAUAGAAGUGUUCUCAAAUGACAGAAUGUUGGGGUUCAUCAUUUAUACAUAAAGACGCUUCAAUUUUUUUUGUCUUUUUGAUUUCAGUCUUGAUUGUUCGUUUACAUGUAUAUUAAGUUGUGACGUGUUUAUUGGCUUAAUGCCAUGCUGAUAUCUAUGAUUUCUUUUUUUUAUUAAUGUACUAUUGCAUGAUGAGUGCAUCAUAGAAGAUAACUGUUAUGUCUCCUGUGUGAAAGACUGUACUACAAAAACACAAAAAUGAAUUCUCAUUUUUAAACAGAUUCUUAAUUAAAAAAAGGUUUACAUGUUCAAAAAA